AUGGGCUUAUCUGACUCGGGCCUUCAAUCCGGAUCCUUUCAUUGCCUCGUAGAUCCGUUCCUUAUCUUUCUGGUUGACCAAUUUCACUCAGUUCCAGUCCCAGUUUGCAUUUCACUCCAGGCGCGAUUUCUCAAAGCCCUAGAAGCACGUACACUGCCGCCUCACCGAGCAGAGUGCCUUAGAUCUGAUUGCCAUGCUUGCAGAUAUCAGGCCUUCCCUUUACGGGUCCUCUCCUUGAUUAAACCCAUGUUAUCUGAGCAAACUUUAAACGCCUUUCUCUGGUCGCAUGCGGCAGCUUGA